AUGGCAACAACCGUUAGCGAACGUCAACAAAAGAAAGAAAAUUUCUUACGACAAUUUCGUGAUGAAGAUAGUAAAGAAAUUAAACAAUUAACUGCUGCACAAUUUAUGGAAAUUUGGAGUCAUUAUGACACUGAUGGUAAUGGUUUUAUCGAAGGUCAUGAAUUAGACAAUUUACUUCGUGAACUUGCAUCAUCAGUUAAUUCAAAUGAUGCUGGUCCUGAUUUAAUACCUGAUAGUGUAUUAAAAGAAUUAAAAGAAAGUUUUCUUGAAGCAUACGACGAAAAUGAAGAUGGUAAAAUCGAAAUUGGAGAAUUAGCAGAAAUUUUACCUACGGAUCAAAAUUUUCUCCUCCUUUUUCGUAAAGACAAUCCACUCGAUUCAAGUGUUGAGUUUAUGAAAGUAUGGAAACAAUUCGAUGCGGAUUGUUCCGGUUAUAUUGAAGCAGAUGAAUUAAAACAAUUUAUCAAAGUAUUAUUAACUAAACGUCAAGGAAAAAAUAUCACUGAAGAAAAAUUAAUUGAAUAUACUGAUACAAUUUUACAUAUAUUUGAUACAAAUGGUGAUGGGAAAUUACAAUUUAGUGAAAUGACAAAGUAA